AUUUCAGUAUUUGACAUCUGUCACGAAAGUAAACAAGAAUGUUAGAAAUUGUGGAACAUGUUUAAAUGUAAAAAUAUUUAUUAUAUUAAUUAAAUUAUAUUGCAAUACGAACCAAAAAUGUUAUAGGGAGUUAAAGAUAACAUGUCAUUCUUCUAUUUAACGCCGGUAAAAGGUGACCUACCAGUACAUUUAUUAGAAGUUAUUCUUCUUAAUAGAGUGGAACAUUUAAAAACAAUUUUGACUGAUAAACCCAUGAUAUACAACGAAUAUGUUGUAGAGGGAAGCAUAUACGAUAACGUAGGACACUUCACAUUAUGCGUGAUAUUAAUUUUAUGCGAGGACAGAGAGUUUACGGAAUAUAUUUUGAAAUCAGAGUUGGAGUUGUUCAAGCGCCGUUUAACGUCUUUAUCUGCGUACGAACUAAGAUCGUUUGCUAAGAAAAUACUCAGAAGUAUUAAAAAGCAAGAUAAAGUACCGAAACUCAUUGAAUCUCUGCAGAUACUGUGUCAACAUUUAAUGCUAAAGGAAGUGGCGCAACAUAUUUGUUCUGUGCACAACAGUGACUGCACAGUACACAAUAUACACUUGAACUUCACACAAUGCCUUCGCCUUGUAGCCAGGAGACAAGUAGAAAUUACAAAUGGAGUGGCAACUGUACCUUGUGGGAGAUGGCUACAGUAUUUAAUAUCUCUUUUUAGGGAAAACUUAAUCAACAGAAUAAACAACACUGAUGUAACUCCACUGAAGAGUGACGCAAGAAUUAUGGAGCUCCUUCAUAAAGUAAAGAAAGACUAUAAUCUGUCUAAAGUCAAACCUAAUGUAUUAUUGAGUAAGGAUGUGGACUCUGCAUCCCGGUUUUUCCCUCCGUGUAUGCUGAACCUUCACCAAAAUCUCAGGAGAAGGCACAGAUUAUCCCAUACACAGAGGUUCCAUUACAGUUUAUUUUUAAAAGAUAUUGGCAUGCCUAUAGAAGAGUCUGUAGAGUUUUGGAGAGCAGAGUACAGGCUACAUCCAAAUGGACACCACAGUUGUUGUCAUAACUGGGAAAAAGAUGAGAAGAAAUAUGUGUAUGGUAUUAGACACAUGUAUGGAUUGGAAGGAUCCAGGAAAAACUACCCCUCAGUCAACUGUAGCACUAUACAAAGUAUAGACAGUUCAUGCUCCGAAGGAGGUUGUCCAUUCAAAUCCUUUGACUACCAAAAAAUGGUUCCACUUUUAAAAAACUGCUCAGAGCCAGUGUUGUCACAAAUAGUUGAAUUAAAAAAGAAAAGGCUGUAUACAAAUGCUUGCAUGUUUUUUAUGCAAAAUUCUUAUUCUAAGUCAGAUAGUUGUGAUAGUUGUAGCUUUAAUUUUACUCCUGUUAAAUAUUAUUCUGUAGCAUCUAAUGAAGUAAAGUUAUGAUGAAUUAUUUUAAACAAAUUAAUAUAUUAUUUUCUUUUGUGCGAUGUCUCAGUCAGUCUCUACAAGAACCAAACAAAAUUAUUAAAUAACACUACAAAAUUAUGAAUUUAAACCUUAAUUACACACAAAAAAGCAAUGAAGUUUUAAUAUUGAUUGUAUUAUACUAGAGUAGUUGGUACAUUACAUACUAACGAAAAAAAGGUAACAACAUGCGUACUGUUAUUACGAAAUAAUAUGUAAUACAUAAGUCUGAUAAAUAGACACAUUGUAAUGUCGCAAGUAAUCUGACACACGACAAAUUCGCUUUGUUGACCUCACAAGACGAUCCUACGAAAUAAGCCGUUUAUUUUGUCACGAAAACAAUAUUAAUAUAAUAAUACUUAAACAA